CUUGUUCGCGGCGACCAGAUGUGAGCAAAACACCUAGCUGCAGGAAUGCUUUCUCAAUCUUGAGCAGGGUGGAAUAUAACAGCUUUCAGCAAGGCAGGGGCGCUGCAUUUUAGGGUUCCUUUGGUGGUUCUCCUGAGGCCGAUGUGACGGCUCCACAUUGGGCUUUCUUGAAGGGGCAAUCUUGUUCUUGGUGUUGAAGGGAGGCCAGUGGCGGGCCGUUGAUUCACAAUGGCUCAUGCGGCCCUCUGCCGAGUGGCCUUCACUCAGGCCGUUGCGUCAAACGUCGUCUGCAGAACGAGCAGAGCACCAGCACAGAGCUGUGUGUCCUCGUCUCUCGUCUCUAGUUUCAGGGGGUUUAGGUUAGAAAUAAGACCGGUGACUCGGAAUGGAAGGAAGCAGGUUGGGGUUGUGAUGGCAGAGGGGCCGUCAGCGUCGGAGACUGCGGAUGAGGAGGCGUUUGUAGCGGAAAAGAAGGCGAAGUUGGCAGCAAAGAAGGCGGGCAAGGACGACGGGGAGAAGCAGGGCCGGCCACCUAAGACUCCUGAGGAGAAGGCUGCUUACAAAGCGCACCUUCGGAGGAAAAAGCUUGACCGGAAGCGCAAGUUGCGGAAGCUGGGCCGGUGGCCUCCGUUGAAGGCCAACGUCGAUCAGCCUUCAAACCCGAGGAAGCGGGUGCAGAGGAAGGCUAAGUAAGGGGAUGACAAGGUCUUGUGAUCAUAGAAAAUUGGUCGGUUUUCCAAGAGCCCGCAUCGAUCGAUUUCAUAUAGCAAAGCUUGUGGGCGGCGCAACGGGGGAAUCAGCAAAGCGUACACACAAAAGGGAUCAUGAUGGCUCGGAGAUCGUGUUGGCUGUUUUGAAAGAUUUAUCAUUUCAGCAAACCAUCCGACUGCAGCCGCUCUCAUAGGGCAGUUCUCUCGUUGUGCAACUCGCUAAAGAGUGCUGCCGGAGCUCUAUUCUGAGUGUGUGAUCGCACAUGCAGCUUUUGAAAUCAAUGAUGACCCGCACAAUUGCAUGGGAACACUGGGAUAGACAGGCGGGCGACCUGCGGUGCACCUCGUCGCAGCUCAGUUAAAUCAUUGCGAUGUUCUGC